AUGGCGCUGCCCACACCGCGGUACCAGCACCUGGGCUCGCGGGGGCCAUUUCGGGACGUGUACGAGCCGGCCGAGGACACCUUCCUGCUGCUCGAUGCGCUGGAGCGGGACGCGGGCAGGCUGCGGGAGGCUGGAGUCGAGAUCUGCCUUGAAAUAGGAUCUGGAUCUGGCGUGGUUUCAACAUUUCUGGCUUCUUCCAUCCUGGGACCCAGUGCACUGUACAUAUGCACAGAUAUCAACCCCAUGGCAGCUUACUGUACCAAGGAGACAGCUCUGCUUAAUAAUGUUCACCUGCAGCCUGUCAUUACGGACUUGGUCAAAGGAUUAUCCCCAAGAUUAAAUGGGAAGGUUGAUCUCCUGCUGUUUAAUCCACCAUAUGUGGUGACACCUUCUGAAGAGGUUAAAAGCCGUGGAAUAGAGGCAUCCUGGGCUGGGGGCAAACAGGGCAGAGAAGUAAUGGAUAGAGUUUUCCCAUUAGUACCAGACCUGCUUUCACCAGGAGGAUUAUUCUACUUGGUCACAAUUAAAGAAAAUAAUCCAGAUGAAAUUCUGGAAAUAAUGAAGAAAAGUGGCUUAAAAGGCACACAGGUACUUUCCAGGCAAGCAGGACAAGAGAUGCUGACAAUCCUCAGAUUUAGGAAGUCUUGAUAACUUCUCUUCACUUACCAGGAUCAGCGUUCUCAGCAUGGAUCACUUGGGCCAUGAUUAAGCACCAGAGUCUUCCACAUCCCUCUGACCUUCAGAGAAGAAGAAAGAGCCUGGCUCAAAUACACAGAUGUUCAGAGUUCACCACAAAAGCAUUUGGAGGGAGUUUAUAUCAGUGCACAGAUAGAAAUACCAUGGCAUUUUAUACAAUGCAAAAUGUGAAGGUAGAGUUGUUUCACUUGUUCUCACAUAACCUGUCAAAUACUUUGCUGCUGUAUUACUCAGGGUGCUGAACUUUUAAUCUCUUCCAACAUAUGAAGAUGUUCCAGCAGCAGACAGGGAGGAUUCUCCAAUUCUUCAAUCCCAAAAAGGCACAACAGUUCUGCAACUCAUUGAACACCUUCCUUGAGCUUCAGAGAAGACUUUUCAAGGAAUGAUGGAAAAAUUUAUUUUAGUAAUUGUACGUAUUUAUAUUGCCAUUGGGAUUUUUUUGAGGAGUGCAAUUUUGCAAAUAGAAAUGGAAUUUUAGUCCUUUUCACUUUUUUCCCCCCUAUUUUAUGAAAACACUAAUGUAGUUUUUGUGGUGUACACUGGAGGGUUUUCUGGGGCUCUCACUGUUUAGUCUGUGGAUAGCUUUGCAACAUACAAAGCUUAAGUAAGUUGGCUUCAACUCCCAGCUUACUUUUGACAAAAAAACCCAAAACAAGUUUAGAAAGGGUAAGAUUGAAGUGCAUUAAAGAAGAAAUUUCCGUCAUGGUUCUGUUGAGACUGACUUGCAAGACUUUUGUUU